GCACCGCGCGGCUAGUCACAGCCGCUCGUUCUCCCCAUUGGUGAGCAGGCAGCGGGGCUGUGCCCGCCCGGCGCCGCGCCCCUACACCGCUCUCCGGCACCGCGGCGGCGAGAUGGCGCUGGAGGCGCGGGGCCUGGAGGGAGACGUGGAGGAUGGCGAGCUCUCUGACUCGGACUCCGACAUGCCCGGCGCCGGCUCUCCGGGGGAGCCGCAGCAGAAAUUACAUGAUGGCAAUGACUCAGGCAGAUCACUCCAGAACAACAUUUCAUUGUGUGCACCAAGUGUUCCUUAUCGGACAACCAAAAGUGUGGGUUCAAGUGACGAAAGCUUUUCCGAAUCUGAUGAUGACAGCUGUCUGUGGAAACGAAAACGACAGAAAUGUUUCAACUCUCCUCCUGCUAAAUCUGAGCCUUUUCAGCUUAGCCAGAGCCACCAAAACCAAACUGCUCUAGGUGGUAAGAAGGUCAACAACAUUUGGGGUGUGGUGCUCCAGGAGCAGAAUCAGGAUGCAGUGGCUACUGAACUUGGGAUUCUUGGCAUGGAUGGUAGUAUUGACAGAAGCAGACAGUCUGAAACUUACAAUUAUUUAUUGGCUAAAAAGCUGAUGAAGGAAGCUCAACAAAAGGAGGCAGAGACUUUAGAUAAAGAACUGGAUGAAUACAUGCAUGAUGAUAAGAAAACAUUGCCAGCAGAAGAAGAAAAUAGGCAAGGCUUUCUCAAGAGGAAGCGCCCUGUAAAAGAUAGACUGGGUGAAAGACAAGAAAUGAAAUACAAAGGAAGAUACGAGAUAACGGAAGAAGAUUCAGAGGAAAAGGUGGCUGAUGAAAUUGCUUAUCGGCUUUGUGAGCCAAAGAAAGACUUAAUUGCCCGAGUGGUAAAGAUAGUUGGGAAAAGAAAAGCUAUUGAACUGCUCAUGGAAACAGCUGAAGUGGAACAAAAUGGUGGACUGUUCAUAGUGAAUGGCACUAGGAGAAGAACACCAGGGGGAGUUUAUUUAAACCUGCUGAAGAACACACCUAGCAUCAAAGAAGAACAAAUCAAGGAAAUAUUCUAUCUGGAAAACCAAAAGGAGUAUGAAAACAAAAAAGCUGCUAAGAAGAGAAGAAUACAAGUUCUAGGAAAGAAAAUGAAAAAAGCUAUUAAAGGGCUUAACCUGCAAGAAUAUGAUGAUGCAUCUCGUGAGACUUUUGCUAGCGAUACGAAUGAGGCUCUGGCUUCCCUGGAUGAUCUACAGGAGGGACAUAAUGAAGCAAAGAUGGAACCUGAAGAUAUUAUUGAAAUCGAUAACGCUCAUGAUUUGGAGACCUUCUAGUUACUCUUGAUAAUGAAGUGUCUAAUAUUACAUGAGCCUUCUAAUCCCAUGGCUUCUUGUUUUCAUAAGCUGCAGCAACAUGGGAAGUGUUUAAUGCUGAAGAACAUGACAUAAUUCUUAGCUAAAUUUAACAGCAUGAAAGAUGUCAAUUGUCCUAGUGUUUGUUUGCUGAGUUCUCAAAAAACUGUUAAGACUUUUCUAGAUAACAGCUCUGCUGUUCUUGGGGAUUUUUCUUAGCCACACAUUAGGUUUAGGAAUUAAGGUUGUGUUUUAACAAAUUAAAUAGUAUUUAAUUUGCCGAAGCUAAUGAAGUAAUCAGUUGAGCAAUGCUCCUCAUUACAGUUGAACAGAAAAAGCAGUAUAAAGUUAGUCUUGGUAUGAAAGAUCCCUUGUUCUUAAUGUAGCAGUGCAUUGACAAGAAUAGUAACGUUCAUAGGAUUAAGACCUAUAAAAACAGAUUGGUUUGUGAAAUAAUGGUCAAUGAUGUUUGAAUAACAACUUUGUAAAUAAGCACUGUUGAGCAAUGUAUGUUUUAAAUUUCUGCAGGAGCUUAAUCCUUCAUAUUAUAAUAUUGGCUUGAGCUUCCUACGUGCUCUAUAUAGACUUUUUCCAUUAUUAGACACACACACAAUUUACACAGAUCUUUUUGUUUGAAAAGAAGUAUACUGAAUUUGUUCUGAGUAGUGAGAUUUUCCUAAUCUGUGUUCCCCUCAAGGGUGUAUAGACUCUACAUGCAGGUAUAAACCCUUUGCCUUGCCAUUCUUGUUUCCAUGCUGAUUCUCAUGCGUGCAGUAGGAUAAUGUGUGGCUUGCAGAAGCUGUAAAGUUGUUCUGUGCUGACUCUUAAGAAAACAAUAGUAUGCAAAAGGUGAUUUUUUUACUUGAUGCCGAAGACCAUUGUGUAGUUUGUAAGCUUGAUUGAAGACAAAUUUUAUUAUGAAUACUAGUUUUAAUAUAAUCAAAGAACAUGUGCAGCACUGAUACGUGUGACAUCUAAAAUACUUUGUCACUGAGUUGUGUUUUCUGUGGCUAGACACUAUUUUCCAAUAUAAAAUAUUUCUGAAAUAUUAAUGAAUGAAUCACUUUCAAACCCAGUAACAAACUUCUGCACAUAAAUUUUUGUUUGUGUGGAGUCCUUGGAUGUUUAGAAGCAAAGCAUAUCACUAAAACAUGAAGUUAGGGUAUUGAACAAUUCAGUACUGUCAAAAGCUGCUGCUUAAAUGACUACAAUAUUCAAAGAAAGAGUUCUUCAACACAUAGCACAUUCCAUUAUAUGCUUUACUAAAUUUAAUUAAGAGUUUUGACUUUUCUGCAUUUUUCUGUUCAUGUGCUGGAGCUUCCUAUUGUUAAGUUAGUCAUCAGAUGUGAAGCACGCCUUUGCUGGUAGUAGUUGCGCUGAAAUAACAAAAAGUCUUGAUUUGUUCGAUUUCCCGGGUAUAGGGUACUGAAACAGCAUGUGAACUCUUCUAUUUAACAAAAGGAAGAUGAGACAGAGUGCCCCAUUCCUUCCUUCCAGUGUCUGACUAACUGGCCUUUGUUUAUCUUCUGGUUUUGCUUCCUUUUCUAUUUUCUUUGUCUUUCAACAGAAUCUUUUUAAAAGGGCACCUGUUCUAAACAAUGAGCAACUAAUCUUCAUUCCUAUUACAGCAGUGAUUUCUUUUUGUUACCUUUGAUACCAAAAAGAUUGCAUUAAGCAGCACUGGGUUUUGUGUAGCACUGUAGUGGCUGCAAUCAAGCUUUCCUUGGUUACUGGAGUUGUUGGGCUGCUCCUUCCCUCUGCAGCCUGGCACAGGUCCCUGCCCUCUUCAGUGGGAUGUACCUGCUUAUACUGGUGUGUGGCGGUGGCCCAGUAGUGGCCACAGCAUGAGUCAGUGUGACAGAAUUUGGGACUUGUGUCAGCAAGCCUUGCGUUGAGCUUGGCCAGCGCUGGAGCUGAGGACCACAGGGCUCACCACAGUUUCCAAAGGAACUGAUGCAGAUGUGCAAGGGUGAGAAAGAACAGGCUGUGAUGCUCCUCUGUGUUGCUGUACAUCUGUCUCUUUUUUCAGUAUCUGACUGGGGUUACUGGAAGGUGGUGAGGGGAUCCAGUGGUGGUUAUUUUCAUUUUCCUCAUCAAAACAGCUUUUAAUUCCCUCUGUUCUCCCAAAACUACUGCAAGAAUAGAAAGUGUGGGUAAGCUAGAGGUUUUCCUCUCUCAGCUCCACAGAACUUGUUUAGUCUGUCCUGAGCAGAUACCUGCAGAGAGAGCAGUUCUGUGGUGUUUGUUAGUCCACUGUGACUUGUGGCCAAACUGGAUUGCGUGGGCUGUGUCUCAUCUGGGAACAGAUACAACUGGAUGUUUAGAGUUCAGUAGCUGAGGUUUUACUGGCAAAAAUGCUGAUACAAGGGUUGGGUUUUGUGUUCUGAAGUUUCUCUGAUGGGCAGAUGUGAUUGAGACCAUCUCUGCUGCAAAUGUAAACUGUACUGCUGGGACAAAUAUCACCCUCCAUCUCUUAAGCUAUAGCAGUGUAAUAAGCAGUCUCUGUCAUGCCUGAAGCAGAUAGUGAAAAUGAAGGAAAUGUAUUCUCAUUUGAAAACACAAAGCUUGUAGCCAAAUACGUUUUUCUUCCUUAUAUCCCAAAUUCAGAUAAGAAAACAAUGCUUUUUGGUAUCACAUGGAAUAUUAAUUUAUUAGUUUUUCAGUUUUAUAGUGGAUCAUGAAAGCAUCACUUCUAAUUACAAUAUUACAGAUUCUUCCCUUUCCAAAUAGAUUAUCUCAUUAAAAUGUUUCUGUGUCCUCCAGGCAUACUUACAGUGAAAAAUUCUUAAGCAAACAUGGAAUGAACUGGUGCUCACUGUGACACCUUGGAAAGAAGAUACAAAAAAUAAUUUGCAUUUAAAAGUAGUGAUAGUGAGAUCAGCAACUGGUUUUGUCCUGCAUACAGCUUAACUGUUGUCCCUUAUUUCCCAAGGUGCUGCUGAGUAUUUGGAGCAGGUCAUUGAAUCUGGUUCUAAAUAUCAAGCCCCACAGCAAUGCUUUGCUGUUCUCUCUGUACCGUUUUCAUUACUAAAUCUUUUCUGCUGUUGGGUUUUGGUUUUUAUAUCAUAGUUUAAAACAAAAAAAAAAAAAUGGCUCCUUUGUUAUGAGAAACAGCUAAAGACAGAUAGCUAGCAUAUGAAAAGUAAUUUAUUCUGCAGAUGGGUUUGUUAAGAACUGUGGUUUCUAAAAGAUCUACGAGGAGCUAAAAAGGGAGAGGAAGGGAAAAAAGCAAUAACAAGGUAUAAAGGUGAUGGGAAACGUGAAUGAAAAGGAAAUUACUACUUACUACAUUUGUUAUGACAAUCAGUGUUACGGAGAAGUUGCAUUCCUUGUAUUUUGUCAGAGUAAAUGUUUGGAGCAGUAGACUGCAUAAUAAAGUUGUGAGUUUUUCAAAA